AUGGGGCAGCAAGUAAGGAACCAAAAUGCUGCUGUCGCUGCUAAAGUACCACGAGGGAAUAUGCCGGCUAGAGCGACGAAUGAUGGACGCCGAGCACAAAAGUUGGUUGAACAGUUCCUUAAGCUGAAGCCGCCUAAAUUUGCGGGAAGCGGAGAUCCGGAGGCUGCUACCUCUUGGAUAGAGGAGCUGGAAAAAGCGUUCGCCCUACUAAGGUGUACGGAUGAAGAUAAGGUCACUCUGGCUAUUUAUCGCUUGCGGGGCAAUGCAAGUUCGUGGUGGAGAGCCACUAAGGACGGGGUCUUUCCGGAUGGUAUAGCCUCGAUAUGGGAUAGUUUUGUGGGAGCAUUUAAUGGAAAGUACUUUUCGGAUACUGCAAGGGAACAAAAGAUGGCGAAAUUCCUUCGUCUGCGCCAAAACCAAUUAUCGGUGGAUGAAUACAAGGCCAGGUUUGUUGAACUAUCAAAAUGUGCCCCAAGGAUGAUAGGGGACCCCGUAGAUAGGGCAAGAAGAUUCCGGGAUGGACUGAAGUCGAAAAUCAAGAGCGUGUUGGUGCCGCUCAACUUGAAAGAUUAUGACGACCUAUAUGAGAGGGCGCAAAUGGUGGAACGUGAUUUCGCUGAGAGGGCUGCCGCAACUGGAUUGCUGUUUAUACCAUCGCACGUACGGGACAUUCGGCAAGGAAAGAGGCCGAUGCUCGGUGGCAGGCGCCAUAUCCCGCCCAACAGAAGAGGGGUGAUCAACAAGUUAGUUUUUCGUCAGGAUGACGAGUGCCGUCUGUGCCAUCAAAGGCAUGCGACUACUCAGUGCCCAUAUCAAGGAGGAGCCUGUUUUGGGUGUGGCCAACGUGGCCAUCAAGUAAGAGAUUGCCCGCAGAGGCAGCAGAGCGGACAGGUACCACCACAGCAGAGAGGACAGUUUGGAGGGAAUGCGCCACAAAAAUUUCAAAGUCGACCUGCGGCGCAAGGAAGGGUGUUCAUUGUCACCCGAGAGGAGGCGAAGGAUUCGCCGACCGUCACAGGUACGGUCCUUUUGCACAACCAUGUCACAUAUGCUUUGUUUAAUCCGGGUGCAACACACUCAUUUGUGGCUGCUAAAUUUGUUGGGUUAGCUGGAUUGAAAUUAAUUCCCAUGGAUGCUGUGUUUAAGAUUUCUACGCCUCUAAAGGGUAGCGUAGUUACUGCUGUAGGCCGUCCGAAUUGUAAGCUGGUAAUAGAUGGUCAUGAGGGUAGGAUAGACCUGAUCGUGUUAGAAAUGUUUGAAUUUGAUCCGAUUGCUAGAAUGGACGAGCCGACAAGGCAAAAAGCCAUAGUAGAAUGUAGUCGUAAAGCGGUGCAAUUUAACCCAUCAAGUGGAGGUACCUUUGAGUUUGUUAGAGGUCGAGGUGGGGCCUCGAUGCUAUUGGUUUCAUCAUUGGAAGCUAUGCAUUUGUUGGAAAGUGGAUGCCAAGGAUACUUGGCGACGAUAGUGAUAAUAUGA